CUCAGGUAAAGCUUUACAGAGCCACUGAGUCUCCUUGACCGCAAAUAUGAACUACGGAUCUGACCAUAAUACUGCGUCGUCUUACCGAAAGAUCUUCGGAGAAGCUCCUCGCUUCUCACCCUCAACCACUCGCAUGAGCAGUCUAUCCAAUUCAUCUCGCAGCUCCAUGUCUUCCAGCAGUUACAGGUCCGCGUUGCCUCUUACCCGCAGCAACGCAUCAUUGCUGGGCUAUAAAAGGACCGGUCGGUCAACUUCUUUCUCGCCCGUGCCAGGCGAUAGCCUCGACUUGACGCAAUCAUCCGUCCUCAAUAAUGAGUUGAAAGUCACUCGAACCAAUGAAAAGGAACAACUUCAGGGUCUCAAUGACCGCUUCGCUAUGUUCAUCGAUAAAGUGCGUAAUCUGGAGCAGCAAAACAAAGUAUUGGAAACGGAGCUGGUGACCCUGCGCCAGAGGCAGCACGAGCCAUCCCGCGUCGCUGAGCUGUACAUGCAAGAGUUGCGUGAGCUUCGCGCGCAAGUAGAUGAGAUCAGCAGCGAAAAAGCGCACAUUCUAAUUAAUAGGGAUAACUUGGAAGAAGAACUCCAUAAACUUCGCGGCAAGUACCAAGAAGAGAUAAGGGCGCGCGAGGAUGCUGACCAGACCAUGCGGUCAUUCAAAAAAGAUGUGGACGACGCCACAUUGGCUCGGUUAGAUCUCGAGCGCAAAGUGGAGGGCCUUCUUGAUGAGAUAUCCUUCCUAAAGAAUCUCCAUGACGAGGAGGUGGCCGAAUUGAGCGGAAUGGUCCAGGCAGCUAAUGUGUCCGUCGAAGUAGAACUAGCCAAACCCGACCUCACCUCAGCUCUGAAAGAGAUCCGUCAUCAAUACGAGACUCUGGCUUUCAAGAACAUGCACUCCGCGGAAGAGUGGUAUAAAUCUAAAUUCGCCAAUCUCAACGAGCAGGCCACCAGGAGCAAUGAGGCAAUACGUGCGAGCAGGGAGGAAAUCAACGAAUUUAGGAGACAAUUGCAGUCUAAGACAAUUGAGUUAGAGACCCUGCGUGGAACUAACGAUUCUUUGGAACGGCAGAUCCGAGAAAUAGAAGAGGGACACAAUCUUGAAAUCGCAACUUUCCAGGAAACCAUUGGCCAUCUGGACAAUGAGCUACGGAGUAUCAAGAGUGAGAUGGCUCAGCAUCUCAGAGAAUACCAGGAUCUGCUCAAUGUCAAGAUGGCUCUUGACAUUGAAAUAGCUGCCUACAGAAAACUGUUGGAAGGAGAGGAAACUCACUUUAGCACAGGAAUAUCAUUCAACACCUCAAACCAUGGCGCCAGUCACUUUGGAUACCAGCCACGUGCCUCAGGCUCUGCACGGAGCACCAAGGAGAAGGAGGUGCCUCAGAAAGAUGGCUUCAAGGAGAUCACAGAGGAAAAAGUGGAGAAGAGCGAUGAAGCAGAUGUCAACUCUAACAACUAGAGACACUCCAAAAUAUAUUUAUACAGUAAAUUGGGAGGUCUACUUAGGCACAGGGCAAAAGUACUGUAUAUUGUAACUAAACUGCAACAAACUUUAGACUGUCCACUUAAGACACUGGGAUUCAAGAUGUCUCCUUUGUAUGUUAGUGUUAUAUGGAAGGUAGUUCAACAGAGUGAUACUUAAAGUAUUUAUUUGGAACAAUAUAGUCAAUUACAAUAAUUUAAACCAAGAUAUUUUAAAUAUAUAUAUAUAUUUUGUAGCAUUGUUUCAACAUCUGCUUGUUUCAGCGAACUCUGUUGUUCGUUGUCAUGCCAUGCAUGUAUAUAACAUGGCUGACAUUCUUUAGUCAAGCCAAUAAAAAUGUACUGUAACCCCUUUACCCCUAUUUAUUGAACAAAUCAAUAAAUUAUUGAGAAGUCUGUU